GCCGAGCCGAACAGAGAGCAGCGCGCCGGCCGCGCUCCCCGUGCCUACAGCGCCUCCACGCCCGGCGCUGCGCAGCCUCCCGCCUUAUUACUGAUAGUGCUGCUGUGAAAGUUCUAACGUGGACAAUUUUAGAAAACAUCUGCAUGCGUUUCUCUUAGGGCUGUACGCUCCAGGCCUCAAUGAGGAGCCCAAACAUGGAGAUGUUCAAGCAGCAGAAGGUGGAGGACUUUUAUGACAUCGGGGAGGAGCUGGGGAGAUAUUUUGAAGUUCUGAUAGCAACACAAGGCAGCGGCCAGUUCGCCAUCGUGAAGAAGUGCCGAGAGAAGAGCACGGGGCUGGAGUACGCAGCCAAGUUCAUCAAGAAGCGGCAGACACAGGCCAGCCGGCGGGGUGUGUGCCGGGAGGAGAUCGAGCGGGAGGUGAGCAUCCUGCGGCAGGUGCUGCAUCCCAACGUCAUCACGCUGCACGACGUCUUCGAGAACCGCACUGACGUGGUGCUCAUCCUCGAGCUAGUGUCCGGAGGAGAGCUCUUCGACUUCCUGGCCCAGAAGGAGUCCCUGAGUGAGGAGGAGGCCACCAGCUUCAUUAAGCAGAUCCUGGAAGGGGUGAACUACCUUCAUGCCAAGAAAAUUGCUCACUUUGAUCUCAAGCCAGAAAACAUUAUGUUGUUGGACAAGAAUAUUCCCAUUCCACACAUCAAGCUGAUUGACUUUGGCCUGGCUCAUGAAAUAGAAGAUGGAGUUGAAUUUAAGAACAUUUUUGGGACGCCAGAAUUUGUUGCUCCAGAAAUUGUGAACUAUGAACCCCUGGGCCUGGAGGCUGACAUGUGGAGCAUCGGUGUCAUCACCUACAUCCUCCUCAGUGGAGCAUCCCCUUUUCUGGGAGACACGAAGCAGGAAACACUGGCAAAUAUCACAGCAGUGAGUUACAACUUUGAUGAGGAGUUCUUCAGCCAGACCAGCGAGCUGGCCAAGGACUUCAUUCGGAAGCUUCUGGUUAAAGAGACCCGGAAACGGCUCACGAUCCAAGAGGCUCUCAGACACCCCUGGAUCACGUCCAAAGGAGAGAUCAGAACCCCUGAACAGCGCAAGGCAGAGCCCGCCCAGCUGAAGACCGAGCGCCUGAGAGAGUACACCCUCAAAUGCCACUCAAGCAUGCCCCCCGACAACACCUAUGUCAACUUUGAGCGUUUUGCCUGUGUGGUUGAGGACGUGGCUCGGGUGGACCAGGGAUGCCGGGCCCUGGCGGGGGCCCGUGACACCAUCCAGGACGAUGUGGAGACCUUGGUCUCCAUCUACAAUGAGAAGGAGGCUUGGUACCGGGAGGAGAGUGAGAGAGCCCGGCACGACCUGUCCCAGCUCAGGUACGAGUUCCGCAAAGUAGAGUCCUCGAAGAAGCUCCUGCGAGAGGACAUCCGGGCCACGGGGUCCCGCCUCCGGAGCACAGCCAGGAAACUGGACCAUCUGCAGGCGCAAUUUGAAGCCCUGGGGCAGGAGCUCUUGGCAGACUUACAGUGGCUCCAGGAACUGGUGGGCGGCUUCCAGCUGGAGAGUGGGAGCGUGGACAGCUCCAGCUCCGUGUGUUGCCAGGACUCCAGUGAGUGCCUAAGGGAGCUGCUCAACAGAUCAUGCAGUGAGGAAGUCUAGGCCAGCUUGAAGCUCUGAGCACCAGAAUCGAGUCAGGAAUGCAUCCUGGAUGGUUUGCUGAAGCCUGUUCCCAACUGCCCUGCCGGGGCAUCGACUAGAAUUCUCCUGCAGGGGUGUGUGUCUGUAGCAUAGCCUUCCACCCCCUUCCCAGAAUCCAGAAUCACGGAGGGGCUAGCUAGUUAUCCAUUCUGUACCUCCUCUCACCAGCCUGGUUUUCUGGGAGGGUGGCUGGCAGGGCAGCUAAGCUGUUAAAAUGAUUGAGGAAGAACACCCCUCAGUGUACCCUCCUACAGAGGGAGGACAGCUGGCCCUGGAGAGAUACUUGAUAACUAAUUUGUGAUAAUGGAUUUGUUCACAUCUCACUUCCCGCCUUAUAGAUUGCAGGUCUUGGGUAAUAUUCUAGUUAACUAGGGAUAACAGUCAGUUGGCUUGGUGCUUUCCUGCUGCUGAAGGAGGGAUUCUGAAUGCACAGAGAAAAGAUUACUUUUCAUUUACAUUGACUUUUCACUUACCAAGCAUUUAUGGCUUUGAUCCUUAAAGGAACCUAUGAGACAGGAAGGUAGGUGGUAUUAUUAUUGUUGUUACUGUCAUUUCCAUGUAACUGAAGAGGAAAUUGACCUCGAGAGGGAAAACGACUUAGGUUCAUUAAUAGCGAGUUGAUACAGAUGAAACAGAAACCCAGGAUGCCCGACUCUAAGAUGAAGUAUAUGGGAAGAAAUAGGCUUUACUGUAAAAAUCCACGUUAAUAUUAAAGUUCAGAUCCCAGAGGUAAAGUAAGCAUUUUCACGUAUUUUGCCAAGUCAGGUGGAAGCUUUAUACCUUCCGGCAAUUGUCCUAAGAAGUGCGUCCUAGAAGGCACGCAGUUUAUCGUUCCCAUCCAGCUGUG